GUCUCCAGUCCCUCCAUUUUAGGAGAACAGUGCAGAAAUCGGUGUUGUUAAGAAGGAUUUUCUGGCAAUGGACGGUAUUGGAGAUGUUGCAGUUGGCGUAAAGAGAGGAUCUGAUGAGCUGUUAUCAAGCAGUCUCUACAACAGCAGCUCUGACAUGAGCAGUAUCAGUGAUGGUACAUCUAACGGGAGUGACAGUAAAAAGCUGAGAGUGGAAGACAGGAUGGAGGCUGCUCCCUCUCGUGUUCUGCACAUCAGAAAACUUCCCAAUGAAACUACAGAAACGGAGGUCAUUGCCUUGGGGUUACCUUUUGGGAAAGUCACAAAUAUCCUGACGCUAAAGGGAAAAAACCAGGCUUUCUUGGAGCUCGGGACAGAGGAAGCCGCAAUAACCAUGGUCAACUACUACUCCACUGUCACACCCCAUGUCCGCAACGUCCCAGUGUUCAUUCAAUACUCCAACCACAAAGAACUCAAAACAGAUGCUGGAAACCAACGGGCCCAGGCAGUCCUGCAGGCAGUGUCAGCGGUCCAGGGGGGCGGUACCCCCACAUCAGGCUCCACAGUAGAUCUGGCUCUAACAGCUGCAUCCAGCCCAGUGCUCAGAAUAAUAAUUGACAACAUGUUCUACCCAGUCACUCUGGAUGUACUGCAGCAGAUCUUCUCAAAGUUUGGUACGGUCAUGAAGAUAAUCACAUUCACCAAGAAUAAUCAGUUCCAGGCCCUGCUGCAGUUCAAUGACCCAUCUACCGCACAGCAAGCCAAAAUUGCUCUGGACGGCCAGAACAUUUACAACUCCUGUUGUACACUCCGCAUCGACUACUCCAAACUGGUCAACCUGAAUGUCAAGUACAACAACGACAAGAGCCGCGACUACACUCGGCCGGAGCUCCCGGCCGGGGACGGCCAGCCGGCCGUGGAUCCCAACAUGGCCGCUGCUUUCCAAGGCAAGGACUCCAGUUCUCUGCUCGGUAAGAUCCCAGGUGCCCUGAGCCCUCUGAAUGCUGCGGCUGCGGCAGCUGCUGCUGCAGGGAGGGUGGCCCUGUCAGGCCACUCCGGCUCCAGCGGGGUGCUCCUGGCCUCCAACCUCAACGAAGAGAUGGUUACGCCCCAAAGUCUGUUUACCCUGUUCGGGGUUUACGGGGAUUGCCAGAGGGUGAAGAUUCUCUACAAUAAAAAGGACAGUGCUCUGAUACAGAUGGCUGAUGCCAACCAAGCCCAGCUAGCCAUGAGUCAUCUGAACGGUCAGAAAAUGUACGGGAAGGUGAUCAGGGUGACCCUGUCCAAGCACACCUCGGUGCAGCUUCCCAGGGACGGCCUGGAUGACCAGGGCCUCACCAAAGACUUCACCAACUCCCCGCUCCACCGCUUCAAGAAGCCCGGCUCCAAGAACUUCCAGAACAUCUUCCCUCCCUCCACCACCCUCCACCUCUCCAACAUCCCUGCGGAUGUAACCGAGGAAGACCUCCGACUGCUGUUCUCCAAUGCCGGAGGCACUGUGAACGCGUUCAAGUUUUUCCAGGAUCACAAAAUGGCGCUGCUCCAGAUGUCAACGGUCGAAGAGGCCAUACAGGGUCUGAUUGACCUCCAUAACUACAACAUGGGAGACAACCACCACCUGAGAGUCUCUUUUUCCAAGUCCACCAUUUAAACCUGCAUAACGAGUCCUCAACAUCCAUCGCGUUGUUUCCCAAGCAGCUCUUGGCUGGUGUUCGUUUACUCUGUCCGGACUCCGAUGGACCACAUUUUGACUUUUUGACCUCAUUGUUUUUCAUUCUACUUUCUAAAUGUUAUCAGUCAUUCCUUCAGAGAAUCACAAACUAGAAGAAAAAAAAAAACGGGAAAUUUUAUCCCUUUCAUUUGAUCCAGACCGAUGUGUAAGUCCCAUUCCCCAUUUGUAUAGAAGGCAAAGCCUUUUCCACCGUCUCCUCAUUAUGGUGGGUGGAUGAAUGGAUGUUGGCGCCUCUUUUUAUUGUAAUAAGUUAAACAAAAUGUGCCUUACCUGACAAUAUCAACUCUUUUUACAUCUAAAUAUUACAUAAAUCCCUGCAGUCUGAUUUUGAGGCACAUUAAUUCUGAUGUAAAGUGUUGUAUUUUCUCCCAUGUGUGAUUGUAUUUUUGUUUUACCACCCAAGAUGUUUUGCCUUUUCAAUUUUUGCUUAAAUUCGCUGUGGUUGUUGUGGAGUGGGGAUCAAUAGGAGGUUUGUUCAUCAGAUGAACAAACACAUGGUUUGUUCAUCUGAAUUUUUAUUUUUUUUAACCCUUUUUUUUUUUAGAUUACUUGGACCAUGAUGUGUAAAGUUAUUCGCAGACAGACAACCAGUGUUCCUUUAAUCCUUUUUUCAUAUGUCCAGUUUAAAAAUUGUUUCCCCAUUUUAGUUGACACAUCAACCAUUUACUAAAAUAGUCUAAAUGUUUCAAUUCUUUAUAGGUGUUUUCCUUUCCUUAUCUGCUUUCUAUUGCAGUUUAUUGAUGUACAUGGGUAGGAAGUGAGUGGUUUUCUAAGCAUGUACUGCCUGGUUCAUGGAAUAAAAAAAAAAGACAUUGUGAUACUUAACUCAUUUAAACUAUAUGUCAUCACUGUCAUAAUUAAACAUUAUGACCAUGUUAUGAUGUACAGUUCAAAAGGUUUUGCAUAAUCUUCUGUUGCAUGCAUUGGAAGAGGCAAACAGGAGAGAACCUGUAGUGAUGUCAAAUGUGUUGCAGUUUACUGAAGAGGGAUAACCCUGGUUGGGACCAAAGUUUAUGUGCCUUUAGUCUUAAUUUACAUUACAUCAUCAAGGAAAGGAAUAUAAUUUCAAUAAUCUGGUCUUUUGUAUAUCUGGAAAUGAGAUCCAGUACCUUAUUCUGAAACACAAAUUCCACAGUUAUUUUAUGCUGAUAUACAUGUCAUACCCACUUGUUUUAUGAAGAAUCUCACAAGCUCAAGUUUCUGGAUAGAUGUAUCUAAAAAAAACAAAACAAAAAAAACAUCAGAUUCUCUGUCAGUUUAAGAGAAAAGUCAUGUAUAUUUUCUAUAUUAGUUAAUUUUUACAUCUAGAAAUGUACGAUUCAGAUAUAGUUUGUAAGUGGCACAAUUAAAAUAAUUUUCUAACAAA